AUGCUAGCUACUGGUGCCAUCGUUUUGAGUGACGGCGUGUUCAAAGUCGACGGAGGAGCAAUUUUCGGACGGGUUCCCAAGAUGAUGUGGGAAAACAUCGUUUCCACCGAUCGUAAAAAUCGCAUCACCAUGGGCCUCAACUGCCUGUUGUUACAAUGCAGUGGUAAAAACGUCCUGAUUGACACCGGCGUCGGCCCCAAGGACAACGUCCGCGAUAAGGAAAUGUACGGCCUCGUCCCCAGCCGCCUCAUGCGCAGCCUCAAAGGCACUGGACUUGGCCCUCGUGACAUCGAUGCCGUCGUCCUCUCCCACCUGCAUUUCAGCCACGCCGGUGGCGCAACGCGCAUGGAUCGCGCCGGCGACAUGGUACCCUCCUUCCCCAACGCCACCUAUUACGUCCAGCGUGCCAGUUGGGAAGACGCGCAAAAUCCCUCCGCCCGACACUCCGAUGUUUACCGAGCAGAAGACUUUGCCCCCAUCGCCGAGCGGGGCCGGCUGGAAUUGCUGGAUGGCGACACCGAAUUGUUCACCGGAUUAAAUCUGCUGGUUACCGACGGCCACUGCCCCGGACAUCAGAUGGUUGUGUUCAGCCACGGCGGCGAACGGAUCGUCUACACCGGCGACCUUGUGCCGACACGCAUCAUCUGGGUCUCACCGUCAUUUCGUCCUACGACUACGAACCGGAAUCAACGCUCAACCAAAAACAGGACAUCCUGA